AUGAUAAGCCUAAAGUUAUUAGUGAAUAUAUUUAAAUCAAAUUGUUCAAAUGAUGCCAACUUUCUAAGUCGUCCUCCUCUCUGUCUCUCUCUGUCUCUCUCUCUCUCUCUCACACACACACACACCUCUUCACUAAAUCAAUCAUCACAAACGCGAGGGAAGGGAGACAAUGAGCAAAGUGCUUGUAGUUUCAGGUGGAUAAAAAAUAAAAAAAUAGACAUGGGCGGCUGUUGCUGCUGCUGUGUGCCCAAGACUGCCGAACUUAACCCUUCACCGCCAUUCUAUCAUUAUCCAAGAGUGUCAGAGGAGCGUGAACCUCUGUCAUCUCACCAUGAAACAGUUUCUGCUCUCUCUACAGGGCUUUUGGUCGAUACUAAUCUUGAUACCUCAGUCCCGGACACUUACAGGCCACCUCCUGCACCGAUACCUUAUGAUAUACAUGUAGCAUGCCCUCAUACUCCAUCCCGGGACCGAGAAAGUUCUGGAAACAAGAGCGAACUGGCUGUGGAGACUACAAAUGCAGAAUCUGCUGAGGAAACUAACUCUGGUAGCACUUUGGACACAAAAGUAAAAAACUCAGACUCUGAUGAAAAGGAGCAAUUGAAUAUUGAACUGACAGCAUCAGAUAAAGUAAAAAAUGAAGACGAUCUUGAGAAGUCCAGUGAACCUCUCGUUUCAUCUCUACAGGAUGAGGAAGAUGUUUGUCCCAUCUGUCUUGAAGAAUACGAUGCUGAGAAUCCAAAACUCAUCACAAAAUGUGAUCAUCAUUUUCACCUUGCUUGUAUUCUUGAGUGGAUGGAAAGAAGUGACACUUGUCCCGUGUGUGAUCAGGAAACGGUUUUCAGUCCUCCUAUUGAUGUGUAG